AUGGAUCCGCGCGGGACGUCGAAAGCCCUGAGCAGUCGGGAAGUGAUCGACAGCCUUGCCAUGGAGUUGGACCAACUGUACAGUCGGAUUCGGCGGUCGGUGAAGCCGUCUCAAGGUACGAGUACCGCUGCAGUCGGACGCACACUGCUCGGGCAGUAUCUAAUCUCCCAAAUUAAGCAUUAUCUGUACAGAUGGUAG